GCGGGAAGAUGAGUUGGAUGGGUUAUGUGCUACUAAGGUAGGCAAGAGACGGUGCCAUUUAUUGUUGAUAUCAUGCAAUCGAAAGGCGUCGACGGCGACGACGAGUACAGAUAUCAGGGAUCUCAUGAAUACCACAGGAGACAGCACCGCAAUGAUGAAGCAAAGGCACGAGACCAGAUGAUCCCGCAUGGUCGGUAGCCAACAGUAUCCGAGAGAAUCUUCGUCGUGUCAUCCAGUCACCCCAACAGUGGCCUCCCGAUGGGCGUUGCAGAAUGCAGGUCGCUCACAGCGGUUGUGCAUGGCGAGAAACAUGAAACAGCCGAGAGGCUGUUGCUCACAAGCAACGCGUCGAUCAACGAGAGAUGGCCAUUCAGAAACUGCAAGAGGGCAGGAAAAAUCUGCCCGCGCAUGGCAUGGGUCCAAAGUCCUCUUGUCCACUCGGAAGGUGCGAAGCGCGUCACAGCCCCUCCAUCACACUUCGAGAUGCAACCACUUAAAGUGCGCCCGACCAGUGACGAGACGGGACCACCAAGAGCCUGUGUGCAAGCCGGCCCAGGCAGCCCAGGCGAUGCGCCUUCGGUGAUCCGCGCGUCUUUUGAACGACAACACUGCUCUGUGUGUUCCACUUCAUUGUCUUGUUCCUUCAAGUCAGUCCAGUUAAGGCCAGACGAUGGCUUCCUGGUUGGUGCUUGCCGAGAAACACACCCGCUUCGACUUGGACGGUCGGCGCCACAUGAGAUAAUUUCUUCAAUGGCCGAUCCUCACCGGCUCACCGGGUAUUGCACCUUUGAAGGCUUAAGAUCUGCGAUAAGUCACGCCAGCAGUGCACUAGUAAGAAUAUUCGGGCACAAGGAAUCGUUAGUUAUCCUGCCGAGGAUAGCAAACCAGCACGACUCUGAAAACCUUGCAUCUUCCAACCGCAGUUCGGUCCGAGUUUGUUACGUACAAUAGAUACCGGUAGCAGCUGUGUGAUACAACCGCCGAAAUCGAGUGUGAAGGAGUCCAUCCCGUGGGAAUGCCGCCGGGGUCUGAAACCUGGUCAGAACUUCAGUGUCCUGUGUCUUCUUACCUGGCCACUGUCUUUCUUUCGAC